AUGGCUCCGCGCACCAUUGAAGAGACAGGUCCUUCCAGGCCUUUAAACGUGGAACAAAUCGUCAAGAAAGCUCAGAACUUUGACUACAAUCCCUUGAUACCUCUUAAGUACUGGCUAAGAACCGCCGGGACCUUGCUGAAAGAGGCGGAGAUCUACGAACACGAAGGCAACGACCAGCAGACCUAUCUCUUAUUGUUCCGGCAUGCCCAACUGGUGAUUCGUAACCUUUCGACACAUCCUGAUGCCAGACAAGGCAAGAAUCGCCUUGCUUUGGCGCAGGCGAACAAGGACGUUGACCAUGGUCUCAUGAAACUCGAGGUACUGAAGCCACGUAUCAAUAAAAGAUACGAGCGAUACGAGCAACUCCUACAUGACCGCGAUACUAGGAGAGCUUCUGCGAGUGCAAGGGAAGCUUCUCGGUCAAGAGAGCAGAAGGCUCUCUCAAACCAGCAAGUCCCAAGUCAACGCCCAAUAUCCGAUCCGCCGGCGGACAGCGAUACCGAGACUCUAGCGGCUGGAGAAAACCGAGAUUUGGCUGUCAAAUUAGCUCAUAAGGAGAUCAGACGGCGGGCUACAGCUAGGAAGGCUACGAGGCAGGCAGGAAUAUCUGAGGAGGUGGAACACGAAAGACGAACCGCAGGAGUAUGGGGAAAUUGGGAAGAGGCGUUCACCAAGAAUGACGAAAGCAUUGAUCAAGACACUCUUAGCAGACAGAUGCAAAAUGUUCGCUUGCAGGUGAGCGGCUCAACAAGCGCAGAAACCAGGAAUGGCAGCUCUCGACCAUCUUUCGAAAGCCAGAAAUCAAACUACCAUUAUCCAGCGGUACCUGAACACCGCGAUUCCGGAUCUUGGAAGCCUUCCCCUCAAGUAUCCAGCUCUUUGGACGACUACUCCCUUCGGAGUACACCAACAUCCCUUGGGGCGCCAGAACUGCCGCCCAAGGAUUACGAUGCUGAUAGACCCCGAAAUCAAAAUGCGCUGCCCCUUCGACCUGAAAAGGAGGCGCUUUCAGCAUCUAGCACUUUAUUCAAUCUUGAUCAAAACCCAGCGCCACAGCAAGAUUUGAAACCGUCGACCUUCACUUUCAAGCCAUCUGCAUAUUUGGAGAGUGGCACGCCACUUCGCACCAUUUUCCUACCACCAGAUCUUCGUCAUCGCUUCCUGUCAAUCGCCCUACCAAAUACACGUGCUAAUCUAGAAACUUGUGGUAUCCUUUGUGGCACUCUUGUGUCGAACGCAUUGUUCAUCUCUAAGCUCGUCAUACCAGAUCAGGAAAGCACGUCGGAUACAUGUGAGACGAUCAAUGAAAGUCAGCUUUUUGACUAUGUUGACGGAGAAGAUCUUAUGGUACUUGGCUGGAUACAUACGCACCCAACACAGACUUGCUUCAUGAGUUCUAGAGAUCUACACACUCACGGCGGCUACCAAGUGAUGAUGCCAGAAAGUAUUGCGAUUGUGUGCGCGCCGAGCAAAGGAGAUUGGGGCGUGUUUCGGUUGACAGAUCCUCCUGGGAUGAAGACGGUGCUUAAUUGCACGCAAACGGGGCUGUUUCACCCUCAUGCCGAGAGCAAUAUUUAUACUGAUGCAUUGCGUCCCGGGCAUGUUUAUGAAGCAAAAGGGCUAGAGUUCGAUGUUGUGGAUCUUCGGCCGCAUUGA